AUGGCGUCUCAUGUCUUCAAUGAAAAUUCUUCAUUUAUUCAUACUUUCAAACACCAAAUUUCAGAUUUGGUCGUAACGAUUAGUGACACAAUUCGAGAUAAAUCAAUGGAGAAUUUAAUAAUUGAUAUUUAUUCUAAAAUUUUUGCCUUAUUAACAAAUCUGAAGUGUUUGGAUUUGGAUUUGGAUGCAGAUGAUAUCUAUCAUUUUCGACGAUCACUGUUGUGGAAUUUACGUUCUACUACAUGUUUUUCGUCGAAUAUUGUUCAUUUACGGAUUAAAAUGCACAAUUUUGAUGAUUGUCUUCGUCUACUUAAUGGUCGUCUUAGUCAAUUACAUACAUUUAUUAUCACUCUUGAUUUCAUAUAUGAUACGUGGCAUGGCACCAAUCGUCAUUCAUUAAAGAAGAUAAAUAAUUUGAAUACUCUAUUUAAACUCACCUGUUUUUCGUUAUGUGUAUAUUUUUCAACAAAUGAAUUCGACAGUCAUGUUGUGCCCCUUCUUCGUCGAAUGUCAAAUUUAGAAAAGUUAACAUUAUCUAUUCGUGUUGGUGAACGAAAUUCAUUCAUUGAUGGUACUUAUCUCCAUAACUAUGUACUCAGUCAAAUGCCACAUCUACAGACAUUUACCUUCGACAUUGUUACAGAUAUUGUCAGGAAUAAUCAACAAUUUAAACCAUCGUCUGAUGAUAUUCAAGGCACGUUCAUCGAAAAAGGCUAUCAUGUUGAUUGUUACGUCGACUAUGAUGAUAUUACCUUAGAUCGAUGUCACGUUUAUUCGCUUCCAUUCAAUAUGAAACAUAUACAUGAUAUUACGCAUAGUUUUCCUGGUGGUAUGUUCAUGAAUGUUCGCGUACUGCAUAUGUUCGACCAUUCUCAUCCUUUCGAACACGAUCUUUUUGCUCGAAUUUCUUGUUCAUUUCCAUUACUCAGAAAUCUGGCAGUCAACAAUCUAACACCACAAAAUGAAAAUCGGUCACAACAGCUAGUCAAAUCUGAAGAAACAUCCUCGAUUAUUGAAUAUUUGCAUCUCGUCGAACUUAACUUUAGCUGUGGUGGUACACAUAUUGACUAUGUGGAAGAAUUUCUUUGCAAUUUGAAUACACGUUUACCUUGUCUUAGCAAACUUCAUGUUGAAUAUGAACAUUUAGUAACUGUUACAGAGAAUUUUACAAGAAAUACAACACGUAUGAAUUGUGCAAAAUUGAAACAUAUUGAUUUUUAUCAUAAACGUGGAAUAGUUCGUUCAGAAAGCUUUGAUCUUUAUUUUCCUUUGUUAUAUCACGAUAAUUGUAAAUAA